GCCGUAUACUAAAAUAUGUAAUGGUUGGGAGCGCACGGGUAGGAAAAAUGAAGAACGCGCGCGGGUUGUCGCUCACUACAGUGUUUGCUUAUACGAGCUGGCUGACUUGCUCGCUUGCUUGCUUGCCUGCUUUCGCCGUCAUUGUGUUAAUUGAAAGCAGUGUAUUCAAUACAGCAGAGGGUAACAGCGAUCGUAUAAGAAUACACAGUAAUACUGCGAGCCACCAACAAGGCAGAUGCCGCAUUGUUGUUGCUGAUAUAGGCAUACAAUACUGGAUGGAGCGUCAGGCAUAACAAAUUCGCCAGAUGUAUUUUAUGACAUUUUUUCUUUCGUUUGCCUUCCGCCUGCUACGGCGCAUACGAGAGAUUACAAUCACCCCAAAAAUAUUUCGCUUGCCUGUCUGCCUGUACGUAUGCCCAACAAAAGAGUGAGUGAGUGCGUGUAUGCGCGCAUUACCAAGCGCUUAUAGCCAUCCCACUUGCACGCUUGUGCCAUACAUAAACGGGUAGGCGAGGUUUUUCAGGUGUCCCUCGGCGCAAACGUGUUAUUUUUUAUUCUACACAAACAAUGCUUGGCUGCCAUCGCCUUUGCCCGCCGCUAUGCAAUUGUUGUAUUGCUAUAGCUGGUUAUUGUUGCUGUACUGGCUUGUUUGACUGCAUUGUUGUUUUUAUGUUGUAUGUGUAUUUUUGUGCAGGCCAGCACAGAGUUGCCGUGUUAGUUGGUUUAGUUGAAGUGUGUCCGUCGUUGCGUUUAGUCGUGUAUUUUAUUCCGUUCCGCAAUUUUGUGCUGGUCGUGUGCUGAGAAAAGUGAAAACAGCAACAAAAAAUAAAACCACUUCGGGCCUAUGCAUUAUUAUAUUUGCUCGGUCUAAAGAGAGCGGGAGCACAUAUAAAAGCGCGCUCACAUAUACGACAAACCAUUAAAAAAUAUAAUUAGGCAGAGAGCGUUCGGCAUUGCUCCAAUAUGAGAAACAUAAUGCUAACAAACCCCAUGCAUUGUUGCAGUAUGAACGGGGGAGUGUCUACUACAUGAAAAUUAAAGUGAAAUAAUUAUAUUUUUCAAUACAUUUAAUGCACUAUAUGGGUUUUGAGACAAUAUUUAAAGUGUUUGAAGCAGAAUAUUUUCCGCGGUUUUUGGAGACUCUUCACUCUGUUACCGCCGCUUAAGCUUUUGCGCAUACAUAAAUAUGGCAUGUUUGCACACCAGCAACGUUGGUCCUUAAGCUCCCGCAUACAGGUGCUUGACCCAAUUGUUGUAUAUCAUCAAUAAAAUACAAACACAUUAACAAAAAAAAAAGAAAACUUAUUACACAAAACCAAAAAGCAGCACACAAAUUUUUUUGCUGCUUUUUUAAUACACAGUGUUGAUUUCUGCAUUUCUGUUCGUUCGUAAAUUUGAGUUACACACUUUUGUUGUUUCUCUCUUUGUUCUCCCCAAAUAUAUUUUUCUUUUGCUUUGUUCAAUUUGUUGCUGAUUGUGUUUUUGUGAAGUGAAGUAUUUAUAAGUUGUAAAGCGAAUGCAAAUCGAACAGAAUUGAAUCGACUAUGCUGCAUGCAAACUUUUAAGUUAUUUCAAUUGAAUUUUUCGUUGAACGAUGGAUCGUCGUGGAUUGAAGUUUAUUUCGAAAAGUUUUGCUUUUGAUACACACUAUGCAUACUUGAUUGCGGUCGUCUGGCGUUUUGUUUGACGUACACAAGUUGGUAAUUGUGUUCCCAAGAGACAAAAGUGAAAAAGCGGGAGAGUGCAUGAGCACUUAGAACGGAUAUUGAAAGCGACGUCACACAUCCAACGCCUACUAACGUCUAUUUACCUACUCAACCUUUGAAGGAUAACUCGAAUAUUAGGAUUAUCAGAGUCAAUUCGGAGUACACGCAGUCGGUGGAUAGCACAACAGCUGCAUUAAAACAACAGCAACAGCAACAACAACAAGCGAACACCACCACUACAACUACCACAAACAAUAGUGUUCAUACACACAUAAGCAACAACAAUAACAAUAACAAUAGCAACGUAAAUUCUCACAAAAACAACGAACGCCCACUAAAGUGUCUGGAAACACUCGCACAAAAGGCGGGCAUUACAUUUGACGAGAAAUACGAUUUCGCCAGUCCACCAUAUCCGGAUACGCAUAUUAGCAGCGCUAGCGGCAAUCACCAACAUCACAACAAUAACAAUAGCAAUAACAACAACAACAACAACCACAGCCACAAUACCAACGCAAGCUAUAAGCACCCCUCCUUAGGUAGUAGUGGUGGCGUUUCGUCAUCAACAUCAUCAUCGGCUGCAACAGCAACAACAUCUACAUCAAUUUCAUCCUCUACAUCGUCGACGUUUGUCAGCUCCUCAACAUCGGUCGCUGUAAGCAAUACAGCGCCGCAAAACAACAUUACAACGCAUAAAAACUUCACGCUGGAGAAAUCACAGAGUCCAGCUCAACAGGUGGCGCCUUCGUCGGUGCCACUGCAAAUCUCACCCGAACAAUUGCAGCAGUUGCAACAAUUGCAACUACAACAUGGCUCACCAUUCGCCACCAUACAAGUGAAACAGGAAUUUCCCACACACACUGCCACCACACAUCAGCUGAGCGCCGCCGGCGCAGCUGGCGAACUGAAGCAUGCCGGCCUAUUGGAUCCCACGCAAGCAAAUCAAUUGCAACAAAUGCAAAUGCAGUUGGCGGAUCCAACGGCUGGCGCUCCAGGCAGUCCGGCUAAUCAGCAAACACCAAGCAGCGCCGCUGCCGCUGUCGCCGCGAUGCAACAACAACACUCGACCACCAUAAGCACCAUGUCGCCGAUGCAGUUGACCGGUCAGGUGUUGGGCGAUUGGGCGCAGGGGCGCACCGUGCAGUUGAUGCCGCAACAGACGGCGCUCAAUUCGGGUUUCAUCUAUCCGCAGCUCGUCUCCGGCAAUUUGAUACACUCCAAUUUGGGUCAGCAGCCGAUACAGGUUAUUGCCAGCAAGCCGUUUCAAGGUGGCACACCGCAAAUGAUUACCACCACCACACAGAAUGCCAAGCAGAUGAUUGGCGGCAAUGCCAGUUUCCCCAACACCUAUGCGAUCCCGUCCAGUCAAUCACCGCAGACGCUACUCUUUACACCGGUGCUUGCGCAAUCGCCACAACAACAGCAGAACCUUUUCAAUUCCAUGGUCGCCUCAGCGGCCAACGCGCAACAACAGCAGCAGCAACAACAACAGCAGCAGCAACAAGCACAAAGCGUCAAGGCCACAAGUGAUGCGCAGAAAAGUCUACAGCAGAAGGUUGUGCAGAAGGUGACCACUACCACGAACACCGUGCAAUCGGCGACUGGCACUGCCGGUGGCGUUGCACAGCAGCAGCAGCAACAGUCGACACAGCAGUGUGUGCAGGUGUCACAAGCGACCAUGCCGGCGCAGAUCAUUAGCCCCUUGCAGGGCGCCACCGGCACACAGCAAAUGCAAAUCGGUCCUUGGGUGCCGUUCUGGCAGAAUCCGAUUAUAAUACGCGGCACACAGCCGGACGGCACGCAAAGCAUGUUCAUCCAGCAGCCAGCAUCGCAUCAAACCAUACAGGCGCAACAGCAAAAUCCGAUCACCUUGCAGUGCAACGUCGCACAACCGGCCGCAAAGCCACGCCAACAAAUCGAAGCGCUCGCGCCCAAGCAACAGCAAAGCCACCAGCAACAAGCCCAGCAGCAGCAACAACAAACGGCACAGGCCGUCGUCGCUGCACAACUGCAGCAACAAGCGAUCACAGCUAGCCAAUUGCAGCAACAAGUGGCACAACGUGUACCGCAAAUACUGCCACAGAAUGGCGCACAAAUACGUCCGGCCAGUUCGGUGUCGACGCAAACAGCGCAGAAUCAAAGUUUGCUGAAGAAAAUGCGCACCAAGCAGCAGCCCGUGCGGCCGGCGCUGCCGACAAUGAAGACUGAAAAUGGUCAGCCGCAGCAGGUGAAAGCGCAAACGGUCGCCACAGCAGCGGGACUGCAGCAACAGGGCGCAACCAUGCAUCAGGUUGUAACGCCGGCGGGCAAGAUGGUUGUGAUGAGCACCGGACCCUCGAUAACCAUACAAAAUGGCCAGGCCAUACAGCAGACCACCACGACGGGGCAUGUUGAUAAGCAGCAGCAACAGCACCAACAACAACAGAUUCAAAUACAACAAAUGCAAAAACAGCAGCAGCAACAACAACAAGCGCUCCUACAACAACAUUUGCUGCAGCAGCAAUUCGCAUCCGCUAUACAAAUGCAACAGCAGCAGCAGCAGCAACAACAACAAUUGCAACAACAACAGCAGCCACAACAAAUUCAAUUGCAAGUGGCACCGCAAACAUUUAUUACACAGCAGCAGCAGCAACAGGCGCAACAACAACAACAACAGCAGCAGCUGCAAACUCAGCUGUUGCAACAGCAAUUGGUGCAACAACAACAACAGCAGCAGCAACAGCAACAUCAACAGCAGCAGCAGCGUGAGCAGCAGCAGCAACAACAGCAAAAUAUAAUACAUCAAAUAGUUGUACAACAACAACAGCCACAGCCAACGCAAGGUCAAGCGCAUGCGCAACAGCAACAACAACAACAGACUCACCUGCCAACGCAAAUCGCUGGCGUACCAUUCUCGGUGUCCUCCUCAACACCUUCGAGCAUUGCCUCAUCUGCUGCUGCCGCAUUGCAACAACACGCUGUUUAUCAGUCGAAAGCUUCGACACUGCCGACCACUUCGGUGGUGACUAUUACGAAUCAGGCUGGCCCGCUGGUGACCAGCACAAUUGGCAUUAAUCAGACUUCACAACUGCAGCAGCAGCAGCAGCAACAGCAACAACAACAACAGCAGCAGCAAAGUUUACUCGCCGCUUCGCUAGCUGCCUCGCAACAACAACAACAAGCGCAACAACAUGCUCAGCAACAGGCGCAGCAGCAGGCACAGCAGCAGCAGCAUCAACAACAACAACAACAACAAGCACAAGCUUUAGCACAACAGCAAGCGCAACAACAGCAGCAACAACAACAGCAGCAGCAAAAUCAAAUGGCGCCACCUGCCGCUCAGCCGCUGCCACAAGCCAGCAUUGUAUCCACACCCACACAAAGCCCACUGCUCAGCCUCACUUCUAUGAUGAAUGCUUCCAUGGGUGGUUUGCAGUCUUCACCGGUCACCUCAACAGCAACAUCUGCAGCCACCAUGGCAUCACCGAUAAAUAGCGGCGCUGGCGGUGGCGUGACAGCUGUGUCAUCACUACCUGGUACGCCUAUUAAAACGCAUUCGAACGAACAACAACAGCAACAACUGCAGCAACAACAUCAAUUACAGCAACAAUACAAAAACGCGUUAGCGGCGCAGUCGCAAACACAUAUGGUGGUGGGCAGCAUUGCCUCCGAGGCGAAUCGCACAAUGCAAGUCUCAUCGGGCAACGCCGCGGCCAAUAACAAUCAAAUGAUUCACAUGAAUAAUGUCAAUGCAACGAAUGCGUCUGCAGCGGCAGCGGCGUCGGCAGCGGAAUUGAAAGAAGCCACCGCUAAAACGGCCAUGGAGGCGUCGAAAGCAGCUACGCCUCAACAACAAACGGUUGAGCCAACAUCGGCCAGUUCCACCACCACCAACAGCGCGACGCAACAGCAACAACAAACGCAAGCUAACAAUGCUACGAGUGGUGGCAACUCUACAGCGGCAAGCACUGCCAAUCAGUCGAACGCAGAAGCGGCUAAAACUGCAAAUGCUAUGGACACCACGCCAGCGCCAACGACGCCAACUACACCCACUACUACUGCUACAUCGCCGACGAAAAACGUCGCGAAUGUGACGUCGCUUACACAAUCCACUACAUCAUCGCCGACCAAAGGUGCUCGCAAUGACAACGCCAAAACAGCCAUCACUGAGACGGAGAAGUCUGCUGCCGCCGCAUCUUCCACAAAUGACGAUGGCAAUACUCAAGCUGUUAAAUCCAACAAUGCAAUCUCAAUGUCUAAGAAUAUGUCUAGCAUGGCAAACAUUAAAGUGGAAAAGGAUCUACCCAAAGCCAUGAUCAAGCCCAAUGUGCUGACCCAUGUCAUCGAAGGUCUAUUGAUAAAGGAAGCCGACGAACCGUUCCCUGUGACACGACAGCGUUACACAGAUAAGGAAACUGAUGACGAGCCGCCCAAGAAAAAGAUAUCUUUGGAUGAAGAGACACACAACGCGCUCAACCAAACUAAUGGCGUUAAAGCGCUACCACCCGAUAUGGUUGCUUGCGAGCAAUGCGGCAAACCCGAACACAAAACGAAACUGAAGAAGAAACGCUACUGUUCGCUGACAUGCGCCCGCCAAGCAAAGGCAUCGAUGAACGAGCAACCAACAGAGGCGCCAACGCAAAGUAACACGAGCGUGACUACUGCUGGCAACCAGCAUAACAACGCCGAACAAAUGUUGUCUCACAACAAUAAGAACGCCAUCGAGAUCUCCAGUAUUACCAGCAACACAAAUGAAGCGCCAACGCCAGAGAAAAUGCAAACUGACCAAAUUCCUUCGGCGCCGAUUACAGGCUACAGCAAUAAUGUGGCCGCCAACAACAAACACGAGAAUGCCGCACUCGUUGCGGCUGAGGCUCAGCAUGCGGCAAAUGUUGCUGCAGUCGCCAAUGCCGUCGCGGUCGCCACAGCUACUGCUAACGCCGCUGCGACUGCCGCCAAUACCGCUAACGCUGCAGCAGCGCAAGCGUCAGCCGCCACGCCGGCGGAACGACCCGCCAUGGCCGAUUGGAGCGUGGCUGAGGUAUGCGAGUUUAUACGCCAUUUGCCCGGCUGCACGGACUACGUUGAUGACUUCGAACAGCAGGAGAUUGACGGUCAGGCGCUGAUGUUGCUCAAGGAGAAUCAUUUGGUGAAUGCGAUGGGCAUGAAAUUGGGGCCGGCGCUGAAGAUUGUCGCCAAGGUGGAGUCGAUGAAGGAGCAAGCGCCAGCGCCGAAUGCCGACAAAGAGUCGCAACAGUAGAGCCGGUGUUUGAAGUUUGUAAAUACAAUUUGUGGGGCGUUAAUUUAAAUGAAAAUGUAGCAUAAGCGACGACAACUAUUUGUUAAGUAGGCUUUGUACAUAAAGUUUAGUGGAAACUGAAAAGUGUGUUGAACUAAAGAAACAGCACUUACAUAUAAAUGACUUAAAUUUUAAAAUUUUCUACUAAGGCAGCAUAAAUUGGUUCGUUUGUGUGGCGGCAAAGAAAUUUGAAUUAUUUAUACCGCAUAAGUUGGGUUAACUGUUUUUUAGAAUAUGUAUUUGAGCUAUUUUGUUGAAUCAUACUUAAUUAUACGAAAGUACUGUGCUUAUUUGCUUGGACACUACUGUUUUUAUUAUUACAUAAUUCUACUUUAUUUUUGUUCCACUUGCUUUUAAUCGAGAAAUUAGUAAAUUUAUUGCUUAAGUUCUACAUAAAAUUAAAUAUAAGUAUCCUUUAGUGUUAGCGCUUGAUUUCAGCGCUGGAGUUUUGCAUGCGCGAGGCACGCCCUUACACACAUUGAGUUGUGGAUAUUUGAAAACUCAGAAACCUACAUAUGUAAACUCGAAGAGUAUUUUUAUUUUUAUUACCUAUUGCUAUUGCUAUUACAUAAUAACGACUAUGUAAUACUUAAUGUUAGUUUGUAAGCGUGUACAUUUAACUGAAUACUAAUAUAUAAUAUUGCUACUCAAGCAUAUUCGAAAUAAAUAAAUGGCAUUAACUGCAAAUAAGUUUAUGUGAAUAUUUCAUAAAAGAA